AUGGUAGCUUUGUCUAAAGAUACGAUGCCAAAUGAUGGUGAUGUUGGAAAAACUUCAAAUACUCAAGUGGUAGAGAUAGAGUCUAAAUACCAACAAAUAGAUUCUAAUAAUGUUCAGGUGGAGCAUCCUAAUGCUACUCGAGAUGAUGCAGAUGAUGAACUUGAUCAUGAGGAGAUUCAGCCAAAGAAGAAUUAUAAAUUCGUUCAGAAGUUCGGAUCAGACAAGCUUCUGAGACAUUAUGGGCAGCUAGAUAUAAAGACAGCUUUCUUGCAUGGUGACUUAGAGGAAGAAAUUUACAUGUAUCAACCUGAGGGUUUCAAGGUUGAGGGUAAAAAAAAUCAGCUUUCUAGAAGUGAUUAUAUCUAUCUUCUAUUGUAUGUGGAUGACAUGCUUAUUGCUUCUAAGAACAAGGUGGAGAUAGAUAAGUUAAAGGUUCAACUUGGUAAAGAAUUUGAAGCAAAAGAUUUGGGUGUUGCACAAAAAUAUUAG